UAACGUCGAGAAGAGGGCAUAAAAAUUGUAUGCACAACGAUUUGUAACGCGUAUAUAUACUUUUUUAUUUAUAAGUUUUAUUAAUCGUGAAGUUUAAGCUUUUUACAUAAAGUUUCUUUUGAAUGCAAAUUAAAAUAAAACGAAACUGGAAUGCGAUCGAACAAAACAAAGUGUACACAAAAAUAUAACCUCUAAAAAUUUGCAGUCGCUGGUAAUUUUAGAUAGAAUUCUAUAACCUAAGCAAAGAAAAAUGGAUUCUUUGGUGGAUAAAGAUCUAUACGAAUUAAUCGGCGCAGUAACUACAGCUUCGAUCCAAGAGAUCAAAAAAGCAUAUCGAAAAAAAGCUUUAUCUUGCCAUCCAGACAAAAAUCCAAAUAAUCCAAAAGCAGCGGAGUUAUUUCAUGAAUUAUCACGAGCAUUAGAAAUUCUUACGGAUGCGUCUGCUCGGGCAGCCUAUGAUAAAGUAAUUAAUGCCAAACAUCAAGCCGUACAACGAACUAAAGAAUUUGACGCAAAACGUAAAAAAUUAAAAGAGGAUUUAGAAGCAAGGGAAGACGCCUACAAAAGGUCUUUAAAUUCAGAAUCUUCCACCAAAAGGGAUGAAGAUAAAUUACAGGUGGAAAUAGAACGUCUACGAAAAACAGGAUCAAAACAAGUGGAGGAAGAAAUAGCAUUUAUGAAAAAUAAGAUUGCGGAACAAUCAAGAGGAUUUUACAAAGAAUAUGAAAACGAUAGCGAUUCUUAUAAAAUAAAAAUAAAAUGGAAACCUAAUAAAGAUAAUUUUUAUAACGAUGGAUAUAAUUACAAUACAUUGUAUCAAAUUUUUUCAAAGUAUGGGGAUAUAGCAGCCCUUCUUGUAUCAUCCACAAAAAACGGCAGUGCGUUAAUAGAAUAUCAAAACAAAAGUGAUGCUGAACUGGCUCUAAAUACAGAAGUCGGUUUUGCCCAAAAUCCAUUAAAACUUCAAAAACUAUGGGAUAUUUCGAAACAAUCGAGUUUUUCCAAGGAAAAAACAGCUUGCGACAUGAGUUUUAAUGGACGAACAUCAUAUUCAAGUGAUAAUAAUUCGGAAAAGAACAAAGCAAAUGAAAACAAUACUAUGUCGGAUGCAGAUUUCGAGCGUUCUGUAUUGAAUAAUCUAAGAAGGGCCGAGGAAAAGAAAAGGUCUGUGGACAUGUCACAUUUCGGAGACUGCACUUGAUUGACGAUAAUUACAAUGCUU